GACUACACCCAGGAACAGGAAGUAAAUCCAGAAACGGUGAAAAAAAAAAAAAAAUCUCGGGAAAGGAAAAAAGUUUCUUAAAAGAUGAGCCGAAUUUAUCACGACAAGUCUUUGCAGAAUAAACCGGUACACAAUGAGAAGUUGGACCGAGUCUGGUCUCCCUCUUCGUACGAAAGUGGCCCUGGAGUUCUUCUUGAAGGACAGCUGCUGGAUGUUUCGCGACAUGCAAUCUGCGACGCCAAAAAUCUGAAGGUCCGGUUCUAUGUGCUGUACAUCAAACCCAGUCGCAUCCAUCAGAGGAAAUUCGAUGCCAGCGGGAAGGAGAUCGAGCCGAACUUCAGUGACACCAAAAAGGUCAACACUGGCUUCCUCAUGUCCUCUUACAAGGUGGAAGCUAAAGGCGAAACGGACCGUCUGUCAGAAGCGGAACUGGCCGUGAUGGUGAACAAAGAAGAGCUGGUAAAGAUAACUGACAAGCACCGACCGGCGGGAUCCUGGGCCUUCUGGUACCCGGAGUCAGAGAUGGACAAAACAGAGCUGGAAACAGGACAGGAAGUACGACUGAAGACCAGAGGAAACAGUCCUUUUAUAUUCUCUUUGGCCAAAGUGGAUGGCAGGACGGUGACCAAGUGUAACUUUGCUGGAGACGAAAAUGCCGGAGCUUCGUGGACGGACAAGAUCAUGGCCAACAAGUCCAACGCUAGCAGCACUCAAAAUUCCGGAGGAGGAGGAGAUGGAGCGGAUGAAGAUGAAUGGGAGGAUUGAGGAGGGCCCCCACCGACAUCACCCCAAUCUCCUGGUGGAUUUUUGAAGAUUACACAUUUAUACAACUGGACCCACAAACCCACUCAUACUAAAGGAUUAUUUAGCAGACUUUUAUUUACAUUUUGUACUUCAGAUUUAUGUUUUUUGUUAUAAAAAGCUUCCUUGCCUCAGUACUCGCAUAUUAAAUAGCAUCUCCCCAUAGACAUUCAGGGCUGGGUGUCACUAUCAAUUUCCUGAUUCAAUUCAAUAUCAAUUCAUUUAGAAAUAUUUCAGUUUUUAAUGUUGUCAUUCAUUCCAGAGAUUUGCGGCAUCUCCUCAAUCGUCUCCCUCUGGUUUCUCGUCUUUUAUGUGUCUUUGCUCUUCUCUGUCGUAAUCCUUUUUAAAUCCUGACGCUGCUCUCAGAACUCAGAAGCUUCUGUCAUGCUCUGGAUUAUUUUGCAAGAUUUCUUACAAGAUCAUGCAGGAAAUGUAAAAAAUCAAACAGAGGAUUUUAUGAGUUGAUAUUUAUUUGUUCUUUGAAGGGAUUGGGGGGAAAAAAGUGUAGCUAAGCUUAGCUAAUCAUCUAUUAUGAGAAAAUAAACAUGCUAUAAAUCAA